AUGUCAAUGAUAAUUGCCCAAACUCCUAAAACUUAUUUCGGUUCCGACAUUCAAAAAUCAUUAGGUUCUCUUCCCGGGUUUCCAUGGGCAAAAUAUCCCGGAGAAAAACAUCUUCCCGGUCAUAAUUACACUGGUCCAGGUACAAGGUUAGAUCUGCGAUUAGACCAAAAUGAUAAACCAAAACCAGGUGAAGAACCAGGCAAUAGAGUUGACGCUGCUGCACUUAAACACGAUAUACUAUACAGAAAUAAAGACAUAACAUCCAGACACGAAGCAGAAAAAACAAAUGAUAAUCGAACUUGA